AUGCGACUGUUCAUUCAUCUGCUGGUCCUCGUCGGGUUAUGUGCCGCUGAACUGUCCCACUCGGCACCAAGUGGAGCAAUGGCAGACGCGCCUAUGAGGACGUACCCAACCCCACCUGAUGGAGCAGUGUCUGGCCAUGUUUCUGACGCACCAUCUGAUCAUGGUCACGGUAAAAGAGCUGCCAACCCUAUGGAACAGGCAGCAGUCAACGAUCGAGCGAUGGAUGGCGAAACAGAUGUCGACGGUAGUGUUACCCAACAUUGA